GUCACAUUUUGCAUCAUGUGAAUAUUGGACUGAAGGUCAAACAAUGUGUGCAUCAGAUUCCUUCUGUUAUGAUGGAAGCAUCCAUUCAGCCUAUCACACGGACUGUCCUCCGAGUGACACUCAGCAUCUACCCUGAUUUCACAUGGAAUGAUCAGGUCCAUGGGACAGUAGGAGAACCCUGGUGGAUUUGGGUGGAAGAUCCUACAAAUGAUCAUAUUUAUCAUUCAGAGUAUUUUCUAGCUCUUAAAAAACAGGUCAUUAGUAAAGAAGCUCAACUACUGGUAUUUACAAUCCCUAUUUUUGAACCUUUGCCUUCCCAAUACUAUAUCCGAGCAGUUUCUGAUAGAUGGUUAGGAGCCGAGGCUGUUUGUAUUAUCAACUUCCAACAUCUGAUUCUACCAGAGAGGCAUCCGCCCCAUACAG